GUUGUAUUCCUAGUGACUGUUUAUUGACUUUGGAUUUAUUCUUACAAUUACAGGACUUUGUUUUUCUAACAUUUGAAGAUGGAUAUACUGCAAGAAUUUGUAAGACCUGCGACAUACUUACAGAAAAGGAGUCGCCAAUUACUAGCUUUGAGGGACUCAUUCCAGGAGCUCGAGUUCUUGCAAGAUGGUCAGACAACAAAUUUUAUAAUGCCACUGUAGAUCACAUUGGGUUCUGUGACCAAAAGCAGGACCCGAGAAAGGGUGCAAAGAAGGACAUAAAAAGAAAUUAUGCAUCUGCUGAAUCAUUUUAUAACCAGAAUCGGGUCGCUUCUGCACCAGCUGAACAUGGUCCUUCCUCUGCACUAACCCAGCCUCUGUCUCCAGGAUUGCCACCAACCCAACAUCAAUCUGUGCAAUUACCAUGCUCUGUUAAGCCUUUUAAUCCACAGACCAUGACACCAUCUGAGUAUUGUAAUCAAGACCAGCCAGGUUUAUUAGAUUUAGAUGAACAUCAAAGACAAACCAUUACACAUAAUUCAACCCCAAAAGAAACAUUUUUGGGGCUUCUGUAUAACCCGUCUAUACCUCACCCCUCAGCUGAAGUUACAAUUCAGGAUGACCAGCUUGGGUUAGAGCCUGAGGAGGAGUAUGAAGAUCCCACAGUCAGAUCACAGAAUGCUUCCUAUGAAAAUGAACAAUGGGAGCCAUGUGAAACAUGCAAGCUGGAGGUACAGGCAUUACUUAAAGAGAAUAAGAUGAUGAAAGAUGUGCUUUCCAGCAUGAAUCUUGAACACCUACAGGCACUCAGAGACUUUAUAGAUAAGAUGGAAGACUACAAAUCACGUGAAAGUGGGGUGCUGAUGCCUCAAACCAGACCUGGCCAACAAGAACUUUACCCAGACAGUGGGCUGCUCUUGUCCUCUACCAAACUAGCAGCUAUUCACCAAGAGUCAAAGAAGGACUGUCUUUGUCUUUUCCAUCUACUGUUUGAUCAGUUCUUCACUCAUGAAGAAUGUUCAAACUCUGUAGCAUUUGGAAAGCAUGGCAAAGUCCCAGAGGGCAAGACAAUUUUGGAUUAAAGUAAAUGGAAUACUAAGUCAGUUCCUAAAUCCUUUUUAUCAAAUGUGUCAACUUCAUGUUCCAUACAUUUAAUCUAAUGUUUGGUCAUGUUAUAGGCACAAUGGGAUUAAAAGUAUAGUUACAGUAUUUCCCUUGACCAGUUCAUGUAACAUUUUCCCUUUUUCCCCAAUUGUAGCUUAUGUCAUGAGCUGCGGCAAAUGUCAUGGAUGGAAACCAGUUGAAAAGUCAAAGCUGAAGAAAGCCCUUAUAAACAAGUGUCGCAUGAGAUCAACUUAAAUGUUUAUGUAAUUGUAGUGUUACAUCAAUGAUGUUGUGUCAUUUAUUGGUCUUUUAUUUUGCUGUUUCUGUAUUUAAGUAUCUAAAUGUAGCUGUGCUGCAGUCUAGAAUUAUUUUUUAUUUUUUUUUUUUUUUUAAAUGCUGCUUAUAAAGUGUAAAAAAGAAACAAUAUAUAUUUUAGUUUGAUAUUGUA